UAUCGUAACCAUGCCCGUUUGUGGCCAGUUAGGCCGUCAUGCUAGAAAAACUGAUGUGCUUAAAACAUAUUUUCAAAACUGGUCUUUACUACAGAUUUUUGUAAAAAAAACAACAAAAAAACCGCGCCAUCAAAAUGGUUUUAUUGCUCGUCCUGCUACUGACGUGUUUAUUUGAUGGCUACUAACGUCGUUGCCUGUCAAUCAUAAUCAACUACUGGGGUGGAUUUUGAACCGUCUUUGCUUGGCCUUGUUAUGGUGCAGAUAUAAAARGCGGUAUAAGGAGGUAAUGAGGUAAACACUCACUCACUUUGGAACAAUCAACCAUGAAUACCACUUUACUGGUGUUGUGUUGCUUGUUGACUAUAGUAUCCAGUAUUUCAAUAAGAGUGCAGUUUUUUGAAGCUCCAACGGAAGUAGUGGGUACUGAGGGGGGUAGGGUGGUGAUGGAAUGUCCAGCUGAAGGCUAUCCACUGAACAUUACAUGGUUGAGGAGGUUGAGCAAUGGAACUCAAGUCGUUUUUAACGAUGCAAGUGAGUGGUGAAACUGAAAGCCAGUGUUUUAGUGCUUAUGGCUUGUUUUCCAUACUGAUUGUCUUAUAUUAUCUUAGUGAACAUUACAAUGGCUGAACGGUACGUAGUUUCCAGGCCCUGCUCAUACUGUCGAUAUAAACUGACCAUCAGCAACGUUCAAUCCCAUGAUGCUGGGCGGUAUGUGUGUAAAGCAAACGAAGGCGGACAACAUCAUUUUGAUCUGUUARUGUCAGGUUGUGUUGGUGUCAUGGUGAACUUCCACACUGUUCUUGUUGGUGUACUGGCUGGGGCUCAUGUCGAUCUUGUAGACUCACAUGACUUAAAUUUGUAAAGCAAUACAGUUAAUCAGUAGUCAUGCAACAAUGAAUGUAGACCACACUGUUAUAUGAAGAAACCAAAAUGUCAAAGUUUUGAUUUCACUUGGACUAUUUUGACGACGCCUGUUAAGUAUUGACCUGUAUGUCAACCUUUUCAGUAGUGUGUGACUAGCAGUUACUAGUUAAUCUACAAGUCUUGUUAAAAGUAGCUAGUGAUCAUGUUGUUAGUAGGUCAGUGAAUGAUCCAAUAUCAUUAAUAAAACUAUACUCGAGACUAUA